AUGAUUCCCAUACUCCGCGCAAACUUCAAAUUAAGGAUGCGACAUCUAGUUUUAGUUCUCCUCAUUGCGAGUUUCUCGCGUCCAAAUUCGGCAGACGACGAGCGCUGGGUGUGGUCCGCGAAAAAAUCCGCACCGUCGGGCGACUCGGCCCGUCGAUCCUCGAUUACCAAUGCAGCUUCAUCGGGAAAAAGACUGGGUCGGAUGAUAUUUCCAGAAGCCGAACGAUACGCGGUUUCUCCGAGGAUCAAGUGGAAGUCAGAACCGGAACAGGCGGACACAGGGCGCGAAGGCAAACGUCUCGAUGUCGGCAUCAACACGCACAACGCCGUCAAACGUCCGGUCAAAGGCUACGUGCUGAAUUUCCCCGGAAGCAACUACGGGGUGGAACAACGGAACCUGGAGAAGCUCAACAACGAUCAGCCGUCAUCUGGAGCGAACUCCGCUCACGUCGACGCAGAGGCACUCGGCGCGGACAAGUGGCUUAAGUACCACGAGAGUUUCGGGCCGAAAGAGCACAGCAUUGGGUAUUCAGGAAUCGCUCAGCAUUCUUCCGGUGACCACGAGUACGUCUUCAGCGGGGAAAGAUACAAUGAGCAACCGGAUGCCUCGGGACUCGAAACAGUGCUCUACUCUGCUCCCGGGUUUGAUGCUGCCGAGGGCAAAGUUCCCCCGUAUCUAAUUUCCCAGGAUCCUGAAUACGUUUACGGCCAGGGCUACGAUGAAGGGAAAGAUUAUCAUCUCGUCGAUGAAAGCCAAGCUCACCUUCAAGCUGAUCAUUAUGCGGCUGGAAUUCCUUUGGGCUGGGAAUACGAAGAAGGGAAAUCAGCGCCAUGGACUGAAGCAGAUGCACAGUAUGAUGCACCAGUUGACAGCGAUUGUGUGAACUGCCAGUACGGAUGGAACCCCAUGCCAUACGAACACUCGCCGGUGGUUCCUGAUGAAAACAAUCAGCCUCUUUAUUCGAGCGAACACGAGCACCACAAUGCCAUUUUAGGGGAGCUUUAUAGGCCAACUGUGAUCACGGCGGCGAUCAACAUUAUCCCUGAACCCUACUUAGUCGACACGUCAAGGCAUUAUCGCAGGAAACACGAUCGGAGACUCAUACGCCCAUCCCCGGCACCGGUUUUCGUUCCAGACGCCAAUGAAGACGCCUUGCAGGAGAUUGACCUGCGAGGAUUAGACACUUUGACGCACUCGGCGGGUCCGGAAAUCAGUGGGAAGAAGAACUCAAAUGCCGAAAUCCCGGCAGAUGUCGCAGUCAUCGACGUGAAGAGUGACGAGGUCAAGGAGCAACCAGUCACUUCGGAGGAAGCCCUGGCGUCAACACCUGUCGAUUAUGUCGCCCCGAUUACUGUUGAUGGCUAUAUCGCAGAGGGGAUUCGGUACCGUCCAGAAGAAGUCGUGGAUUGGAAUCCUGAGUCAGCCACUGUGACAGAGGCUGACGUGCGAGUCGUCACUUUCCGGUCGCCGCAAACCGAGCUUGCUGAUUACAGAAAUGGAGACUCGACGCGCGAACAAACGAAUUCCACUUUCAAACGAUCCGUAGCGACUAUUGGGCACGGGUUGCACGGAAAAGUUUUCCUGCAAGCAAAGACCAUCAAGUUGGAGUGCGAGAUUCCGUUUUGCACCCAAGGUGUGCUCAAAUGGACCCUGUACCCGGCUGGGAAUAAAACCGAUUCCCAGGACAUCAAGCUCGGGAUCGAACUGGAGGAAGACGACGUAGCCAAACGGCGACCCGGAACCGCCAAGACUUCUUCCCUGUAUCUCGGCGGCACUGCUGACAAUCACGUGUCUGAUGGGCUUCAGCGACGGAACGAUGAACCUGCUGAGCACGUGUUGCAGACUGGCGUGUACCAGUGCGAAGUCAUCAAAUGUGGCGACUCGGACUAUUCCGUCCUGGAGUCAUUCUUCGUCAAAUGAGAUACAGACACACACACACACAAAGGAAGAGGAAUACCCUUCCAAGCCUUACCUCGCCGCGGGCGACUGCAAGGCGUCACUUGUUUUGUUACAGCCCCCCAGUGGUUUUUAAUCUAUGAAGGAUGAAUGUGCGAACGACUGUCUCCGAAUAAAUGGCUUUACACGUCGUG